AUGUCGGCCUCUACCGGUUCCACCUUGAACAACGUCCCUCUCUCGGUCAUUGUUAAGCCUCCUCCCCACAUCCUGGCUGGGAACAGCGUCAAGAUUCCAGCCGUGGUUCAAUACGGGCCUAUGCCCGCCAGCCAGGCUCCCCCCGAGGUCCACGGUCUGCUGCAACUCGUGGACGCAGCUACAGACGCACCCAUCAACGAUGAUCGGUCGCCGAUCGCGAAGCAGCAAGGCCAUCUCAAAACAGCCGUAACCGUACAUGGGGACGGAAAUACCUCUUUCUUGAUACUCUUCCAUGAUAUCACCUUCCCGAAGUCCGGCACAUACAAAAUUGCCAUUUCUGUUUUGUCGUCCACUGAGGAUGAAAAUGGAAUUCCACAGGCGAUUAAGCUAGGCGAUGUCAAGACGGGCGUGGUCAAUGUUGGGCAAGUGGGUGGCAACGAGACUCAUACGGCCGAGGAGCAAGGCGUUAUCAACAUGUUGGCAAGCAUGGGAGUCAAGGGCGCUAGAUAA